AAUCCCUGGACAGAAGAUGGUGCAGAAGAAGAGGCGGAGAGAAGUGGUGUGACAGAAUCACCGAAUUCAAAUUUAGCCGCAGUGUUUAGACCAAAGAAACGGAAACGUGAGAGAUUGUCAAUCGACAAUUCAAGAUAUGACAGCUUGCCGAUGUGCGGUAUAGAAGUACGUUUACCCAUCGGAUUAAAACCGUAUCCGUCGCAGAAGCUUAUGAUGGUGCGCUUGAUCACCUCAAUCUCGAGAAGAUUAAAUUUCCUGGCUGAAAGCCCAACCGGAAGUGGGAAAACGUUGGCACUCUUGGCAUCAAGUUGCGCUUGGUUGGAUGAUUAUAAGAAGAAACGACGGGAGGCUCGAAUGAAGUGUCCCGUACAUAAUGGAAGAAGCAGUGCGGUGAACACCUCCGUGAAGCAAGAGUCAGAAGAAGGGAUGUCGUUGGACGAAAAUGUCAAAUUGGAACCAGAAGAGAGAAAGGAUCUGUCGAAGGAGAUGAAGGAGCCGAAAAUCGAGAAGAACUGCAUAUGUUUACCAAAGGCUCGUAUUUAUUACGGUACUAGAACACACAAGCAAAUCGGUCAGGUUGUCAAAGAGUUUGCCCGUCUUCCGUAUGGAGGCGUCAUAAAUCACACAAUAUUGGCAAGCCGAGAGCAGUCAUGCGUCAAUCAGGUUGCACGAAAUUCAGGUGAUAUAUCGGGCACCUGCAAGGAACUCAUGUCUACAGGCGGACAUGGAUGCCGAUUCAAAGACGCUAUGAAACUCGGUUUUGAAAAACCCCAUAAUUUAAGGAGUGUCUUGCAGCAAGCGGAUGCUGUGGUGUUCGACAUUGAAGAACUGGUCGAUGUUUUAUCAUCGAUGCCGAGUCCGAUUUGCCCUUAUUUUUCAUCCACGCGAGUACUUACCCAAGACGCAGACAUUAUUUUCUGCCCUUUCAGCUACCUUGUCGAUCCUAUCGUACGUAAUUCCUCUGACGUCAUCUUGAAGAACAGCGUUGCCAUCCUGGACGAAGCGCAUAAUAUCGAAGACACUUGUCGCGAGGCCGCUAGCUUCAUCUUUCAUGAGAGAGAAGUCGCUGAUGCGCUGGAGAAUUUGAAAGAAAAAGAGAGUGUAUCUUUGAAGCUGCUUGAACUGUGUGCCACCGGAGCUGAUUUGGUAGAAGGGGUUGCCAAGGAAUCAGCCGGUGCGGUCAUGGACAAUUUAUCGAAGCAUCUAGAACACACCACCACGCUUGCGUUGUUCGUAGACGACCUAUCGAAAUGGUUUCGCGAUUCAGCAUCCAAACUGUUGGAAAACGCAUACAGCGACAGUAUGGGUAAUCUCUCACAUACAGUUAAUCACGCGUACAUAGAUGUGGAUUUGAGAAGGUUCCAUUUGCAUCCAGAAGAUGCUCGAUAUGAAAAAGUCAAGACUGCUUUCAAUGGUGUUACCGCCGCUUAUCAAGAGGGUAAAGAAAACCUUCCUGUCGAAGUGAAAAUCAGCUCCACAGCUAUAGUUUGUGUUGAGAAGUGGCUAUAUUUUGUUGGUUUUUUCAAGGACGAAGAUAAGAGGAGCAUGUAUAAGAUGAACGUGAGCAGCGAGUACCUAGACAGGUUCAAUGAUCGCCCCUCGUUUAACCAAGGACAAGCUCGACGGAGUGGUCAAGGUGGAUCCAAGAACGUGAACUACAGCCAGGUUGAUGGUGCAGAUGUGUGGCUUUCAUCAACACCAGGCCCUUCUAGUCAUAAACCAGUUCGGCCUGGAUAUAAAACUUCCAUAAGUUUAUGGUGCAUGAGUCCGGAACUGGCUUUCACUAGUGCGUUUGCUGAAUGCCGAUCUGUUAUUCUUGCAUCUGGCACCUUGUGCCCUGUCGAUACGCUUAAGACUGAGCUAGGUCUCAAGUUUCAUUCCCAAAUGGAAGGAGAUCAAGUAAUUCCUGCUGAUCAAAUUUUUGCCUCCGUUUUGCCUGUGGGUAUAAACGGCUUCAAGUUAUGCGCAACCUACCAAAAUGUUUGCGACGUCAAUUGUAGGUUUAUUAGUGAACUGGCAUUGAUUGUUUGUCGUAUUUGUUUGACGGUACCAAAAGGAAUUCUCUGUUUCUUGCCCAGCUACCGUUUCUUGAACCUGCUUUUUGAACACAUGGAAAUCACGUCGAUACUGCGCCAGGUUCAAACACGAAAGGUGGUGGUAAAGGAGCCUCGACGUUCUUCGGAAUUACCUGAAAUUAUGGAAAUCUACGAGGGUGCCGUAAGAAACCCUGAACAGCACGGCCGCCAUGUAGAUGGAGCUCUGAUGUUUGCCGUUUUUCGAGGAAAGGUAUCUGAAGGUAUAGACUUCGUCGAUGACCUCGCAAGAGUAGUCAUCUCUGUUGGAAUUCCUUUUCCUAACGCUAUGGAUGCCUUGGUGAAGGAGAAGAAGGCUUACAACAAUGAGUUUUGUAAGACAAAGGCCCUUCUUUCGGGGGAUCAGUGGUAUGUUUCACAGGCAUAUCGUGCGCUCAAUCAAGCACUCGGCAGAUGUUUGCGACAUAGAAAUGACUGGGGGGCUUUGGUCCUUAUUGAUGAGCGUUUGGUAGAACAGGCCAAGCCUCAACAGAGCAUGGCUUCGGUCUCAUCAGCACGAGUGUCGGCAUGGAUAAGGAAACAGUUGAUCGUUUAUCCUCAGUUCAGUGAUUUUGAUAGAUCUCUUUCCGACUUUGUGCGUCGAAUGCAGCUCAAGGAUGAAGAGAAUUUUGCACUAAAGACCACUUAA